GUAGGUUGUCUCAAUUUACUCAGUUUAAGGCUCUCUAAUAAUUAUACCUCUAUACAUAGACAGGCUAUAAGUCGUGAUAUGAUGUGCCUAUUUGAUUUCCGCCAUUUUGGCGUUGAGGGUUGCGGUUAGUUGCAGGGGUGAGGAUUCAGACUAAUAAUAGAGAUACUCGUAGUAUUAACUAUCCAGAACUUCCACAGGCGCGUUUAAGUCGAAUCUUUAAUUUUCAGCAUGCCAAAUCGGUGCAGUGUCUCAGCCGAUGCUUUACUAGGUCCAGCUGUCUACUGAAUAUUACCUCAGUAUUUUUUUUUAUUUCUUUAUACAUUCACCUGUGGACAGCGAACGGCGGCAGGGGCGCGGCGCCGCGGCUGCCGGCCACGGGCGAGCUAACCACGUCCAGCGGCGACCGCUUUUGCCUGACGUGCGCCGCGCCGGACUUCCCCCCACCGCACUACACGUAAGUUUCUAGUCAUGACGGGAAGACAGUGCACCUCGCGUGCAACUGCGAUGGUACCGCGAGCAGGAAGGCCGACUACAGCCGGUACGGGCGGCGGGAGGCGCGGGUCCGACGCUCGGGCUGGUGUCGUGGGCCGGCGGCGCGGCGCUCUGCGGCCGGGCGGUGCCCGAGUUGGCCGGUACAUGGCUGUGCAAGGCCUAUAACGGCUUCGGCGACGCCACGCUGCAACUGCGCCUACAUGUCGAAACCGAACUUGGCGUCACUAUCAAGCCGGCCGUGCUGGUGGCGCAGGCAGGAGGCGUGGCCGAGCUGAUGUGCCGCACCACUGCGCCCGCCGCGCUCGCCUGGUGGCACGACGGUACACCACUGCCGGCCACGGGCGGGCGUCUAGUGCUUCGCGGCGUGACACGCGCUCACACCGGCAUGUACCAGUGCGAAGCUACGCGAGGCCGCAACAUCGCGCUCGCAGCCGCCGAGCUGCGCCUCGCAGACUCUGCGCCUGAGCUGCAGUAUACGUUCAUCGAGCAGGCGCUGCGGCCUGGUGCCAACGCCGCGCUGCGUUGCACGGCCGCCGCCUCGCCCGCGCCGCGCAUCACAUGGCUGCUCGACGGUCAGCCACUCGACCGCUUCUUGCCUCACCACCGGUAUCGCGUGACGGAGCAGGCGGCGGGCGCGCCGGGCGCAGUCACCUCGCUGCUGAACGUAUCGGUGUCGGCGGCAGACGGCGGACGCUAUACGUGCCGUGCGCAUAACGCGCUGGGCGCCGCCGAGCACUCCGCCAGGCUCGACGUCUACGGUCACUACCUAUGCACAAUGCAUCGCAAUACACGCAAUCUUCACAUUAGGGCCGCGGACGAAAAUUUUCGCAAUUUUCGUCCAUACUAUUCGAUUAUCUGAUAAUUUGGAUGCUACAAAAGGAAAUGAUAGAGUCACAAAAUUGCAAACAAAAAACUUCACGUAGACAUUGUUGAGCGCGGUAUAACUUUAAAUGUACACUUUUCUGAAUGUAGUUGACACAUCCUGUCUCAAUGUAACAGGAAAUGAGCAUUUAUAACAACUGUUUUUCCUUAGUAUUCUGGCUGCCCUAAAAGAGCUUUUCUAUAUGUAGAGUCCUUUGUGUGAUGUAGGUUUUUAUUAUAUCAUAUGUUGGCAAACGAGCGAGCGGCCACCUGAAUUCGCCGAAGUAGCGAAACUAAUGCCGCCUAUAGACAUCAGAAGAAACGCGCAAUAUUAAACAUGCUUUAACAAUGGUCGGAUGCUAGUAUUGGACCAGACCACUUUAUGCGAGUACAAACCCCAGUUACCUGCCUCGUCGUCAGUAAGCAUCGUCAGGUCGUUGCGUUGCAAUUGUGCCCCCGUGUUCCUCGAGCCUCUCGGAGCUCUCGCGGCACGAGAGCUGGUGUGACGAGCGCUGGACGUGCGCAGGUCCGCCGGCGGUGCGCGCGCUGGGCGCCGUGCGCGCGGUUGCGGGGGACAACGUCACGCU